CAACUCUGGGGUCAGGUAGGAAUCCAGCUGUUUGUACAGAGCGCGUGAUUAAUGCUCAAAUUCAACUGAAGAUUAUUUGCGAAACCGCAAGAAUUCCAAACAAGCCGGCGCUUGAGCGUCCAGAACAAAAAUGUGUGAUUUGUUUUGCAACUUCUCUUCAGAUACUCGGAUGAAGGAAACUGUCCGAAUUUCCAAGAUGACGUGUUCACUGGUGGCUGUUGUGCUUCUCCUCACCACAACUCUUGACAGAGUGGCUGCUGUCAAGCAGAUGGAUCUAUCUCCACACGCGGUGGACGACCUGUACCAGGGAUGUCGUGAGAAAGCCAUGAAAAAGUUUAUCUCCUCCGGAUUAUUGGAGAAGGAACUGCAGGCCAACCAGGACUUCUUCACAGCGUGGAACACCAGCCUGGCAAAGCCCAUCCCAGGUGGGCUGAAGGAGCACGCCGCGGCUCUGUGGGCCUACUUUCAUGUCGACGAGAAAUUCACCAAGAGGUUCAACGAUGCCGUGGAGAAGCUGGGAGUGAACUCCAGCGUCUACCAGCAGGAUUUCCAGUUUAAGUCCAUUCACUUCCUCCUGAUGGACGCUAUCCACCUGUUGAAGCCAAAGACUUGUAAAAAUGUGUACAUGAUCAGUGACUCUCAGGUCCGAGCCAAGACAGGGUCCAAGGUCAGAUUCGGGCGAUUCACCGUGGUUCGGACGGACCUGUCGAUGAAGGAAGACAUUGGCGACGAUGUCUACUUCAACAUCACCACCUGUUUCUCGGCCAGCCUGCAGGACAUCUGCCCGACGUGUGGAGACGAUGCUCUCAUAUCUCCCACCGAGGAGUUCACUGCGGCAGAGGAGAAGGUGGAUGAGGAAACACACAUUGUCCUUCAACAUUCCAAACUCGCCACCACACAUAACUGCUACUUCACCUCAGGCGCUGCAGUGGAGGUCUCCACCCUCUGGCUUCUUUCUCUCCUGCUGGCUGCACAGCUUUUAAAUUCCACCUGAGUGACAGUGAUGGCAAAGUCGAACCACGUCUAUGACCUACCUGUACAGGUAUAGUGUGGCCAACUGAGGCACGUCCAGACCUCAAGAAUGUCUCUCUGUAGCUUCACAUUGCUGUUCUCUUCCUUAAAACAAAUGUCUUUCAACAUUUAAUUCACAAUAUAUUCUCUGAAUAUACAGUAUGUUUUGGGACCGUUCAUUAGGUUCUCGAUCCAGAAUUGUGCCUUUAUUGUUGCAUUGUUGAAUUAUGAUACAGUGUUAGACACUGGACGUAAAGAUAGACGCGGUUAUACUGCAAACUUUAAUUACAAUAUGUUUAAAACGUGAAUAUAUUUGAGUGAAGCAGCUACAUUUUUCUGAAAAAUAAUGUACAGAUUCAUUACUUUUAAAUUGAUAUAUAAAUGUGGAAAAAUGAAAUAAAAAUGGAAUUAUUUCUUUCCCGAUCUGUUGAAAAGACACAUGAAAUUUAAUUGACUGUUUAUGAGUGUUGACAACCAUUUUCAAAAUGAAAGAGCAUUGAUAUAGCAGCUGUUUGCUUUUGUUCAGGAAUUUUUUUCACUAAACAAUGGCCAGGGUUUCCACCACUCUGAAUGGACUUGAAAUUCUUGUAAAAUUGAAAUUCUUAUACAAAUAUUUUCAAGACAUUAAACGAGCUUUAGUUUUAAUAAGGUUGUAUAAAAACUUGAAUAUAGCCACCAUCGUGAUUUAUUGUGAGUAUGUUAUGUGUGUGUGUUAUUGUGAUUUAUUGCAAAAUA